AUGCAAAAUUCCCGGACGCGCGGGUUUGGAUUCAAGAGCUGGAGGGCGGCAAUCCCUGCGCCUUUGUAUCGGUCCUUCUCUCUCAGCUACACAAUCUUCGCUUUACACUUAGACUACACCUUUAUCUGGCAGUCCGGCUUCCCUGGACUGAUGCUCCACCACGCUCUGUCUUCGCCUGAGACAACUGCUUUAUCAAGAUUCAAGUUUGUCACUGACGUAGAUUACGGUGGCAAUGUUCAACGCGCUGCGAUUGUCGAAGAUGUGAAUAAAAACUUGGAGGAAAAGGGCUAUCCCUUGUGUAACCCUGGCCGGUUUUUACCCUGGUUCCAUCACCCAUCACUGAAAUCGCUCACUCUGUGGACACGAGCAAAGAAGAUCCUGGACGUUCCACAGAACCGACGAAAUCUCUCCCAACUUCGACACCUCGCACUGAAUCGAGCCACUCUUCGGGAAGAUGAGCUCCCUGAGUUAUUAUCUUUAUGCUCCAGUCUUAAAGUUCUACGCUUGGGCAUGGCAUACAAGUGGCGUCGUGAGAUUGCAUUGCAAAAUGGAUCGGCCAUUGUCAAAGCUUUGAAGUCAGUCAGUAGAACUGUAACGAACCUUUCCCUUGGUUUGGAAUACUACACCCCAAAUGAAUUCCGGAGCUGGCUUCAAAACAGUGAAGAAGAUCUCAGCACACCUUUCCACGGAAUACUCAACGAAUUCCCCAAUCUUCGCUACGUGGGAUUUUCGAUAACGCUGCCGGCACGGUGGUCCACUAAUCUCGGCCCCGCGCUACCAAAGACCAUCGAGAGACUCAGUCUACGGGGUGACUAUGAGCCACUUGUGGAGAAUGGCUGGCAUGAAAGAUCGAUAUUGGAUCUCGUAGCUAGUAAUGUAGUAAAGUGGAGGACGAAUCUGCUGGAGUUGGAGCUUAUUCCCAUACGCAAGUGGAAACCAUUCUGUGAGAAACGGGCGCUUGAGAAAAAAAGGUCAGAAGUUCGAGAAAUUUGCGAAAAAAGAGGGGUUGGUGCUAGAGGUGGUGUGUAA